GCGGAGGACGAGAGGACAAUCGAACUUUCUUCCAUCGCGGCCAUAUAUCCAGAGCUCGUCGUCGAUCCGGAUGAUCCAUACGUUGCGACUCUCGAGCUUGCGGUGACACCUGUAAAACCUCUACGGAUCUGCUUCAAGUCUGCAGAGACUGGAGCGCCACCCGCGUUGCUAACGCCACCGACUUCCUUAGACCAAGACGAAGGCCACUCGCCUCUCAAGCCACAAGUUCAAGCUAUACAGCUCGAUGCACAUGAGUUGUCACACCUACCACCUCUUUCCCUCAAGGUUACUCUGCCAGAAGGCUAUCCUACCGAGAAGCCUCCGUUAGUGUCUGUGUCUGUGAACCCUCCAUGGCUGCCACGGCCGGCGCUCAAGAGAUUGAAGGAAGAUUGUUCAAACCUGUGGGAAGAACUAGGGAAGGACCAAGUCGUUUAUGCAUACAUCGACCAUGUUCAGCAAGAGGCGGAGAAUGCAUUUGGGCUCGCAGGGGCACCCGACUUCCAAGUCUUGAGCGAACUGAAAUUGGCAUUGUUGGAUUACGAUCUCAAGGCGAAGCGUGACGAGUUUGAGAAGGGGACAUUCGAUUGCGGAAUUUGCCUGGAGCCGAAAAAAGGUGUGAACUGUCACAAGAUAAUGCUAUGCGGACACGUAUUCUGUACAGCAUGCUUGCAAGAAUUCUAUAAGAGUUGCAUCACAGAGGGAGACGUUGACAAUGUCAAAUGCUUAUCUCCGACUUGCGGAAAAGACGAAGCCGCAAGAGUUGGCCCAGAUGGGAAACCUUUGAAGAAACGGAAACACGAUCGGACGCUCAACCCUAGCGAACUGUUGCAGAUCCCUAUCGAACAGGAGCUGGUUCAACGGUAUGUCCGUCUCAAGCGAAAGAAGCGACUCGAAGCAGAUCCGAAUACGAUCUAUUGCCCGCGACAGUGGUGUCAGGGUGCGGCUCGGUCGAAGAAACAUCCCAAACCAGUUGAUCCCAUGAAAGGAGAAGAGAGCUCCGAGUCUGAAGAAGAGCCUCAACAACCCACUAAGAGGAAGAAGAAGUUCGAUCUCGAAGAAUUGCCGAUGGCGGACCGCCUCUCGGUGUGCGAGGACUGCAAUUUUGCAUUUUGCUGUGUUUGUCGGAAAGGAUGGCACGGUGAACUCGCGCACUGUAGUCCUCGGCGGCAAAAAGAGCUUGAUGAAGAAGAAUCAGCAUCUUUGCUCUACAUGCAGAAGUACUCGACGCCUUGCCCAACAUGCAACGCGCCGUGCCAGAAGACCAUGGGUUGCAAUCACAUGAUCUGUUUCCGGUGCAAGACACAUUUCUGCUAUCUGUGCUCUUCUUUUCUUAUGCCCGACAAUCCAUACAACCAUUUCAACGACCUGGCCAGCCAGUGCUACCAGCGCUUGUGGGAGCUUGAAGCAGGCGAUGGUGAAGGGGUCGACCGUCAAGCAUUUCACAACCCUGAGCUUGCUGAAUGGGACGAGAUCAUUGAGGACGAAGACUCAGACGAUGAUGACCUUCCGCCUGAGAAUUUCGACGACUUUCGCGGCGAAAGACCAUUCGAGGAUGAGGAGGAUACAUCGGACGAGGAGCCGGCGCCCGAUCAGCGACGAAACAUGCACAUAGAAAUUGUCAACUUUGCCCGUCCAGGAGCGAACAAUGCGCACCGUAUAGCGCUGCCCGAACGGCCCAGGGCACCUGAACCGGCCCCGCCUGCCCAGGCGCGUGCUGUACAGAAUGCUCCACCUCCUGCGCGACAACCGGCUCCUCAACCUCCUGCACAGGCUGCGCCCGCAGCAAACAAUGAGCCCCUCAUUCUUCCACAGGCCGCGCCCGGUCAAGGCAACCACCCCGGAGGCGCGAUGCAGCCUGGCCCCGUUCGAGCAAUGGGAUUGGAACGCUUUCUCCAGCUCGCCCAGCAGGACGAGGAGGAUGAAUGGGACAGCGAUGAGUUGGACGAGGAUUUUGACGAACUACGUCUCGCGGAGCCACGACGGCAGCGAGUCAAUUGGCGGUGACAAUUAUCUGCAUUUUGUGCUACAGAGAACGUUCUUGUGGCAGCAUAGAUGGAUCUGAUAAGAUGACCUACGAUGCCUAAAAGGGGCAAUUUUGGUGCAUUUAGCGGAGCUGGUUUUGUGGGAGCGUGCAUGUGGGAAUAGACGUUGGAUGCAUCCUAAGCGUUUAUGCUAGAAGAACUGUACAGAGUUUUGUGUUCGUGUGAGACAGCUUGCAAGCAAGCGAAAGCAUAGCAUGCAUAAUACAUCAAGAAUGAUCUGAAAACACUUAAUGUGCAAGCCUUGAGAUUGAGAUGUGAUGUAUGUCUAGUAAGACUUGGCUCACUAUCGUAGGGAAAUCGAUCUAUAGAACAGUGCGUCUGCUGUACAGGGGCAGAGAUGAGAGCUGGAAUGGGUU